AUGCGAGAAAGCAUGAUAGGUGAAAAAGGAAAGGCGCUGUUUUACCUGAGCAACCACGCAGACAACAUAUGCAGCGUUAAAUUUUGCAGCGAGGAUGUGUUGGUCUCUACAUGCGAUUGUGGAAUGGUCACCUUAUGGGAUUUGAAUAAUUUAACAAGCACAGGGAAUUACAAGGUAUCAAAUUAUAGUGCAUUAUAUGCAUCCUUUUUUGAUAAGGACCAUUUUUUUGUAAAAACAAAAGAAGGGUCGGUAAAAUUAUGGGAUAUAAAACGUAAUCAUUGUGCUGUGAAAUUAGACGCCAACAAUUAUACGUACGCCAAGCCGUACUGUGUAAAUGGAAAAAUAGUUACGCCUGUAAAUCACAAUGGGGACAUUGGCAUUUAUGACCUGAGGACGCGGACAGAUUUGCCUCGUAACAAUAGUCUGUGUGGUGGGUCGGAAGAAGGAAGUAGUAACACGCUGGUCAUGCGCUUUAACAAAAUAAAGAAAAAUGUUGGGAAGAUCAAAAUGUUAUCUUCCAGUGGAAAGGAGAAAGAGCAUAAAUAUAUUUUGAACAGCGAAUUGAAGUUCUGUAGUGACAUAUUGGAUAUUUACCCAAUUCCAUUUUGGGGGGACUCAUUUAUCCUGGCAUGUUAUGAACCCUCGCUUUUUUUAAUUUAUGAUUUUAGAAUGACUAACCAGUUGAUUUCGAGUUUUAUAAUAGACUUGAAGGAGAAUGUCCUAAGUUAUCACAUAAAUAAAAACAAAUGCGUAGUUAGUACGAGUAACAAUUCUGUGUAUUCUGUUGCAUUGGAGCAAAAUGAACAGAUCUCUUUGGUCAAAAAGGCACAUUGCCCAAAAUAUAAUAUGAGCAAUUUGGUGAUAAGAUCGGAUAGUAAACUCUUCAUUUCAAUUACCGAUAACUGCUCUGUUAAUUUGUGUGAUUUACAUCAAAUGGAAGUGAUAGAUUGCAUUAAGACUUAUAAGUUUAACUGCUUCAAUUUCGUGGACUUCCAUCCUUGUUCUGGCUUGUUCGCAGUGGCAGAACGGAAUAAGGUUUCCAUUUGGGCGAACCAAGCCUCCAGUUUUGAGCCAUCCCUCUCCAUUGACGGCCAGUCGUCAGAGGUGGUGCCCUUUGGGUGA